AUGGCUAAGAAAAACAACACACUCCAAAAAUCUGAUCCAACAGAUGAUGACUUGAAUAAUUUAAGUACAAGGUCAAAUUCUAGAAGUAACUCAAAAACACGAAGAAAUACUCUAAAUAAAAAGACCAAAUUUAAUGAUUCCAACGAAUUACAAGAAAAUGGAUUGGAAAGUUCUGAUUCCGACGCAUUCUUCGAUUCAGAUGAGGAAGAAGGUCAUUUAAACAGAAGCGGGAAUGUACCAAUUGAUUGGUAUGAAACCGAAGAUCAUAUAGGGUACACUGUUGAGGGCAAGAAACUAAUAAAAGAGCUGGAUUCUACUCAGUUAGGCCAGCUUAUUUUCAAUUCAGAGAAUCCUGACGCAUGGAGAACUAUAAUUGAUCCUAGAAACAAUCGCACAAUUAGACUCACAGAUGAUGAUCUUAAGAUAAUUAGAAGGAUAAGAAAGGGACUGUACCCAUCCGAAACGUACGAUCCAGAAGCUGUAACUGUAGAGUUUGAUAACAAGGACUCGAUUCACCCCGUUUCAUUUGAACUUCCACCCAAAAAUAGGUUCCUACCCUCCAAAUGGGAAGCCAUGAAAGUCGCCAAGUUGGUGAAGUUGAUAAAGAGUGGAAAGAUAUAUACUUCUGAACAAAAGAGAUUGAACGAACUUAAGAAACUGGAGGAAUUGGAAAGAGUAGAAGAUAUAUGGAAGGAUUCAAUAUAUGACGUUGAUCCUACUAGCGCAAAGAGGAGCUAUAAACACGAAAUUAAACCUCCUAAAAUAGCAUUACCAACUAAUUCCGAGUCGUAUAACCCACCUGAAGAGUAUUUACUAAAUGAAGAGGAAACUAAGGAGUGGAAAGAAACACCAGAACACGAAAGAUCAGUUAACUACCUACCAACACAAUACAGUAGCAUGAGACUAGUUCCAGUUUAUCCCAACUUGAUAGUGGAAAGGUUUAACAGGUGUCUUCAGCUUCUUAUGUGCCCAAGAGCUGUGAAACUGAAGAUGAAUGUAGAUCCAGAGUCUUUGUUACCAAAGUUACCAAGUCCUUCUGAACUUGGUCCUUACCCCAAAAUAGUCAGUGUAGAAUAUAGGUUUAAAGGGUUGAAAAGGCUUUCAGUUGACUGUACAGGAAGGUUUUUGGCGCUCUCCUCAUCAGAAUUAAUCAACAUCUGUGAUGUUUUAACAGGAAGGCCCUUCCUAACUCUUGAAUUCCAUGAUAUUCAUGACCUGUUAUGGCACCCUAAAUUUCAAGUCAUAAUCGUAUCACACGAAAAUUACGUCUCUGCAUUACCAGUCGAUUUGCCAAAUAAGUUUCAGACUGACUCAGUAGAGUGCAAUGAUACCACAGACUACGAAAAGGCAGUGAAAUACUUAAGUAUGGAAUCUCCAAAGGGAAAUUAUUUUGUAUGUGUGUGUCCGGACUCAUUAGAGAGUAUUAACCAGUGCAUUUUACACUGCUUGCCCAAAAGAAGCUCAAUGAAACUUGGGAACAAAGUCUCUAAUAACAAGAUGAAACUGGCAAUAUUCCAUCCCAGUGAACCCAAGCUGAUAAUAGCAUUCACAAGGAAUAUCAGAGUCUAUAACCUUAAUACUAAAGCUGGCCAUGAUAACAAGUUAGCUGACGAGAACAAGUUUACAGGGGUUGAGUUGCCUGUUUCAAUUGACACUAACGGAACAUAUUUGUUGACUGGAGAUGAACUGGGGAAGCUUACAAUAUUCGAUCAGGAAAUAUCAUCAUUUCCAUAUAAAUCUUUUAGUUUUGAAAAUGAGACUAUAAUAAAGGUUCAAAUUCAUAAGAAGCUCCCUUUGUUCCUAGUUGCAUAUACUCACUGUGUAAAAUGCUUUCAUCUGAGUACUACCCAGGAAAGCGAACUUUUAUUCGUCCCUCUUGGUGAAUUGAAAAUUAAGGAAAAGCUCACUGAUUGUUCGUGGCACAACACCGAGCCCUGGCUAUAUACAAGCACUAACAAAGAGGCACUCAUGUGGGCCUGA